UUUGUCCUUGGUAAGUUUAAGACAAAAUUUGAGAAUACACGAGCUAUAAAAGAUUUAAGCUGUGUCAGCUCUCAAAGGAAGAGCCACCUAGUGAAAGCUUUUGCCUGUUUACAGUAGAACCAACCACAAAUGCUGCUUAGAGAAACCAUUGACAAGACCAAGGUUUUAUUUCACAAAACCUUCAGAAAUGUGAAGUCCUUCUUGUGUGGAGGGUACCAGAGACUACCCACAUCUCUUUCCUUCAACCCUUUCACUUGCAGCAGCGGCUAUGGAAGAAACUACACUAGAGACCAAUUCUACAAUGAGUUCUACGAUCAUUUGCAGUCAGAUCUAAGUAUAAUCAAGAGGGUUAAUAGUGAUGUCUUAUCUGGGUCCAAAGAGCCACCAGAAGUGGAAGAUGCUUCUUGUACUGGAAGCUUCAUGAAAUUUUCCAAGCAAAGAGAGCAAACGAGCACACAUGAAGGCAGAGCGAAACACAAGAUAAAAGGAACCUAUCAAGUUGGGAAGAAGAAGGAAAAUUUAAGUCAUCAUCAACACAAGAAGAAUGGAGGAGCUCAUGUCUUGGCACAGAAGAUGAAGGAAUUGGAGAUGAUGGAUGCAGGUGAUGUUGAGCAAGUUCUAGACAUAGAGGAGGCACUCCACUAUUAUUCUCGUCUCACGAGUCCUGUUUACUUAGACAUUGUGGAUAAGUUUUUUGUGGACAUGCACUCAGAGUUCUCCGCUUCACAGCCCCCUGUCAGUAUCAAACCCUCCAAGGGAAGGCGUCGGUCGAUCAGGUUGUAGAUUUAGUUCACCAAAUUGCAAAGAAAGUUCAGGUGUAUACGGAAUCUUUUUGAUCUGUUUCUCUGAUUUGUGCUUCUUAUUCUUCUUUUCCAAGUGUUCUGCGUGGUUGACAGGUUUGCUUUCAGUUCUGGCUAUAUACAGAUUUUUUCUCUCUUGUGUCGGUUGACUGCAUGCUUGAAUCCAUCUUGUCCAUCCAACUACAAUAAAAUAUUCAUAUAAGCAUAUGGUAUCAGUUUUUCCCUCGGAUGAUUGGGUCUUAAUGGACUUCAUUUCUUGGUAAACAUUAAGGUAUCUGAAUCUUAAAAACUGAUACCAUUUGACCAAUCAGACCAUUAACCCAAUUCCCAGAGCCUUCCUCUGAAUUUAGAUCUAGAGCAUAUCCCUGUUUAUAACUAUAGAAAUGUGCAUUAGGUGCAAUUCUUUUUUUUUUUUUUUAUAUCAUAAACCAUAUGAUCUCUGAAGCCAAUAACUCCAACUAAUUCCAAUUGAGUUGGGUCGGGACUCAUUUGGGCAAAAGCUCUACUACCAAAUGCUGUAUUUUUAGGACUCAAUUGAAAUUUUUGAUUAAGUUGGUACGACUCCCUUACUAGUUGAAUUUUAAAACUUCUUUUGUGGAUUGUUUAGAUGAGAUUUGGACAAUCUAGACUUUUUUUAAUCAGAUUUGAGUAACUUUUUAUGUUGAAUGAUUCAAAAUAUAAACUAGUAUCAAUCUUAUACCUACCAAUUCAUGAAAAAAAAUUAAUAUUUCUUUAAAAAUGCAAAAAUAAUAUAAUGGGAUCCGGACCAUCCAAAUUUCAUGUAGAUGAUACAGAUAAGAUGUGCGCAUGCCAAAUUCAAACGCAUCUUCCCCUGCCAUUAAUUGCCAAUCAGCAUAGAGCAUUUCUCUUGUGCCAUAAAUUAGUAGUAUUGUGUACCAAAAUCUGACCCAAGGUGCUCAAAGUCCACAGCUAUUCCUAGGCUUUAGUGCUUUUGAUGCUGUAGAGGGUGAGACAUUUGUGCUAUCUCAUUUGAUCUUGAGAGUUACAGAAAUUCAGUAUCUAGAGAUGGGUCAGGAUCAUUAGUUCCAGCAAAAAUGGAGAAAACGGAGAAUUUGCAAUGUUGUGGAUCAAAAGAAAGGACAGAUUUCAAGACAUCAUUGAUGCAAGAAAAUGGAGGAUUUGCUGGGGGAAAAUCUACAGAGGCGGAAUCUGGAGAAAAUAUCCUAUCUCCGUCUUGCGUGACAAAUAACUUUUUAUGGUAAACUAAACCAAGAGGGAGAGGAAAGAGGCAUUACAAGUGGGGUGUUUCAAUAAUUGGAUUUGACAGCGACAUUCUCAAAGAGAGAGGAAAAAACUUGAUUAAUAGACUCCACUUUUGUUGUUACAUAUCAUGUAUACUUCAUGCACUUUUCUUUUUCAAUAUAUCUUUC